CAGUUUGUGGGUCUGCAUGGGCAUUGGCAUGGGCCUGCGACCGUUGCGCGAGGAGGUCGUUCUGUGUUUACGGCGCUUGCGGCGUUCCCUUCCUUUCAACGUGAUGACGAGAUCCCUUGCUCCUCGCCUGUCCGCACCGCCCUCUCCCGUUGUCUGCAAAUGCCGAGUGUACUGGAGCACUCGGGCGCUCUUCGUCUCCGUGCCGUGUCGGGCGUAUUAUUCCGCAGCGCGAUAGAAAUCGAGUAAUGACAGCGCUGCUAUGAAAACUGGUCACAGUGGAAUGCAUGAUGACGACCCUCUUUGUUGCUGCGAGUACAUCUCCGAAGUAGGCGAGCGAUCUCACAUUUUGGCAUGUCUAUGCGACUGCGAAGCCUUAGAUACCGCGUUUGACAGGCUCCUGAAGUGCCGUCGUGUUCCCGCACCUCACUGGUCGCUCGUCAAAGACACGGUGAUGGACCGGAUUCGGGUGCCUUGGCUGGGUGGCGCGAAGCGGGUGGAGACUGAUGUCAUCUCGCCGAUUAUCCUCCUACCCUCGGCCCUUUUACUGGCCUGCCAUAGCUGGACAAUGCUCAUGAUCACCUUUUCGGCACUUCCGUUUGCUCUCUUCUUCAUACAUCGGCGGUGUUCCAGGAACAGAACGAGAACGAAGUUCUUCCUGUCAUGGACUGUGUCAUCCCUAGUGGUGCUGCUCGGCGUAUUCCAGCUUGAAGUGGUACCUUACCUGGAGAUUCUCUUCUCUGAGAACACUGUGCUCAUGCUGGCAGUUGGCUUCACCUGUCUGUGUGCAUACCUAGUGCACAACUGCCCGCCUGACGUCCUGGCCCCAAGUAUUACCGCAGAGCCUGUGGGCAAGUCGGCCGAAGCGACAGCAUGCAGUGUCAGUGUGCCCUACACAGAGACUGAGGAUUCCAAGUGCUCUGUGUGCCAAGUGGUGCAGCCGCCACGCUGCAGCCAUUGCCACCUCUGUGGUCGCUGCUUCCUCAAGAGGGAUCACCACUGUGUCUGGUUGGACACGUGCAUUGGUGAAAAGAACCAUCGAGCUUUCAUCCUUGGCCUGGUUGGCCUGCUGGUGUCUCUGGUGUACGGCGCAAACCUUACCUUGACUACUGUCUGUCGGCCAAAGAUGCUUUGGGACACUUUUCUCAUUCCGGACAACUGCUUCGAGGUUUAUGAGGACAUUCACAUAUCACUGUGUUUCGUGUCCGCCGUGUACGCACUGCUGGUGGCCAUCCCGGUGGCACUUAUGCUUCUCCAGCAGCUCUGGCUCGUCGCCAUCAACACAACAAUCUACGAGAUGCGUCGGCACAGGAUUGGCAUUCACAGCCACGGUGUCUGCAACAACUGCCGCUCCUUCUGGUGUCCCAGUUGGAGGUAGCCUGUGCUGCUCCGUGUGACAAGUCCUGGUGUUAUCGUUUCUCUUGUGAUCCCCUGUCACUUCCAGACAACCAUAUUUAUUUGCCAUCGCGGUCCAUGGCGUCUUGCGAAAUGUGUAGUUACUCAUUCUUAUCAGCUUGUGGCUGCAUGCUGCCUUUAUGCAAGCUCAGACCAGACCGAUGAUCUACUCUAUCACACGAGGGCCAAGCAUGUGGUGCUCCAAGUACAUGUUCAACAUGCUCGAGGGGUACCGAGGCACAUUUGUGAGUGCAUGAAACUUAUCCAAGCACGUCUCAACUUCCGCCUGGUUUAUUUAUGUGCUGCUUGCUUCAGUUCGUUUGUAAAGCUUAAUGAAGUGUUAUGUAGCGUGUGCUCAUUUCUUAGAGGGCAUUAAGGGUAUAUGGUUUUAAGUCUGUGGUUGGGGGGGGCUUUGAGAGUUGAAACCAACAGACUCAAGAGCUAGUCAUAGCUCAUCCGUGAAUUGUGUGCAGUCCAGACUGCACUUAUUUUGUAGUGGUGUGACUGCAUCACCUCCACAUAAGUACAGAUAUAUACUUACUUAUGUAUGAAUGUUCUGUUCAUAGUGAUGUUUGGGAAUUCUCUGCUAGCAACAUUGCUAAAGCUGUCUGGGAACCAUUAGCUAGAACAUUUAUGAUCAACUGCUUCAGUAAGGGUAAAGUCAGAAUCUUUUGACAUGUUUAAGCCAUAUAGACAUUCAGCUUUUACCAAGUCUUAAACAGAUGGAAGAUCUUGAAUGCAAGACAUUCCCUUUAAUAACCCACCAAAGGUAUUGCAAAGGCAUUCAAGAGAGCAGUAGGCAGCUAAGAGUGCAGGCUCUCAUUGCUGUAUUUAAGGCUUUCCCUCAGGAAUUACUGUUAGCUUCAACGAUCUCUUAUUACCGUUUUUCUUCGUGAUAUAGCUCUUGUGAAAUUUAAUGCCUCGUGCAUGGUCUUUCAGUUUGUGUUUCGAUCAAGUUGUGAAAACCAGCUGUGGUUGCCUUGAAUGAUAAUGUUGCCUGUGAUAGGCAUGUACAUAACUAAGUCAGGAAUGUGUUCUUCCUUGCUUACUUCCUUGUAACGAUUUUUGUGUUUACAGAGAGCUGCACUUGUGGCUUUUCACAAGUAUUAUACACGUGGAAUGUUCCGUCUGUGUCAAGUACUUCAUACUUGUCUUACUGUGCCGCGAAAUGCAGCGAAAUAAAAACAACUUACUUCAAAAGUA